AUGAUCUGACCAUCUUGGUCCCAGACAAUUAUCAGCAUAUGCUUGUAACUUAACUUGUAAGGUUGUUGAUGACCUUUUGGAUGGUUUGGUUGGUACUUGGUGGCAAAGAUCAAGGAGAAAAGCCAAACAGCACCUCCUAAGAAAUCUCUCUCUCUUCUUUCUUUAUGCCAGUGUUGAAGUUGUGAGCUUGAAGCAUCUGGUUCUGCGUUUUUAUCCUUGUAUGGAAAUUCGUGGUAGAGACAGGAAAAUGGUUAUGGAUGAUGCUUUGAAUGCUUUCUCUCCUGUCUCAACCCCUAGAUUUGACUGGAAAUCCAGAAGGAGAUCAGAAUUGUAACUUGUUAACCACAGCUAGCGGGAGGAACUUAGAGGUAUCGGUAGACACUGCUAAAACACCACCCACCAAGCAGGAAGAUACUCCUCCUCCUAAUGUGGAGAUGCAGGACGCAUCAGCGGUUACUGAGCUUGAGCUUUCUGAGCGUCGAAAGGCCUUGUUUGAACCAUUAGAACCUAUAAAGAACAUCAAUGGCCGACGACCCUCUGCUGAGUCUCUGCUUCCUCCCCCUGAUUUUGACGCCGCAAACUAUCCAAAGGGAUGGCUCAUCGGAAAGAAGCGAAAGCUUGUCAAUGUGGAUGUCGUUGAAAGCAUGCGAAGGAUUGCCAUCCAAGAAAUGAACAGAAAGGACAGGGAAAUUGACGGGCUAAAUGAACAACUUGAUGAGGAUUCACGAUGCCUUGAGCACUUGCAAAUCCAGCUUGUGGAAGAACGAAGCAAACGUGCUCGAGUGGAAAGAGAUAAUGCAAUGCUGCAAGAGCAAGUGAACAUGCUUAUGAACAUGUUACAAGAAACUGAGCCAAUGGGAGAUGAAGAUCAAGACCAAGAAGAACCUUAAACUGUAUCAUACCCCUUUUGAGCUUGUGUGUAUUAAAAUUCUUUAUUAGACUUUGCCCAGAAUGUUUGUUAGGUUGGGCGUAUCAUGUUUUUACAGUGAUUAGAGUGCAUAAUAGUUAUAUGGGCUAUGGAGACAACCAAACGCUACUUGAAACUAUUUAUAUGUCUUAAAUAAAAAAUUGUAUAUCUUUUAGUA